ACAAAACACACCCCCCGCUGCAACCUGCCAUUCUGCAUUGCAGCUCUCCAUCAUGGCUACUUUUCAGAGACUCGUCAUCUCCGUGCUGCUCAUUCUGAGCGUCGUCUUUGUCUACUUUGCUCAGACGGCAGAGGCCGCCAAGGGCCCCAAGAUCACCCACAAGGUCUACUUCGACGUUACUCACGGCGAUGAGGAACUCGGUCGCAUUGUGAUCGGUCUCUACGGCAAGACCGUCCCCAAGACCGCUGAGAACUUCCGUGCUCUGGCCACCGGCGAGUCGGGCUUUGGCUAUGAGGGCUCUACCUUCCACCGUGUCAUCAAGGACUUCAUGAUCCAGGGUGGCGACUUCACCCGUGGCGAUGGCACCGGCGGAAAGUCCAUCUACGGCGCCAAGUUCCCCGACGAGAACUUCAAGCUCAAGCACAGCAAGACUGGUCUGCUGAGCAUGGCCAACUCGGGCAAGGACACCAACGGCAGCCAGUUCUUCAUCACCACCGCCGUCACGUCGUGGUUGGACGGCCGCCACGUCGUCUUUGGCGAGGUCCUCGAGGGCUACGACAUUGUGGACAAGAUCCAGAACGUGCCCAAGGCGCCGGGCGACAAGCCGAUCAAGACGGUCAAGAUCGCCAAGAGCGGAGAGCUCGAGGUUCCCCCAGAAGGUAUCCACGUGGAGCUCUAAGCCAAACGGCUGUGGGGGCAUCAAUGCAUGCUGAUACGAUGACUGUCGCGUUCAAGAUGACCUCGCCGGAACCGUUGAGCCCGCCGUGGAGUUGGGCGCGGACGAGGUGGCCGCCGGGCUGCCGCGAGUUGGAGGGGAGAUGAGCGCUGCGGGAUUGACGCUUGGACAAAAGUUGUUUGGGCUGGCGGUGAUCGUGGGGCUUGUGUUUGCUUUUGUGCGCACGCGACCGAGCCAGAGCAGCGGGCCGGAAAAGUGGGACAAGAGUGUUGCUUAGAAGCGUAGAGAGGUGA